CUCCACAUAAACCACAUGUGUUUGAUAUCAUAAGACAACAUGUACAGCGGAGUUACAUUUGAGUACGCUGGUAAUUGCUGAGGACGGAUCCAUUCUGACGCAGAGUAGUGAGUGUGGAAACAACAGAGGUAUUGUCUGUUGGAUUUUUGGAGUGGGACUUUUUAGGAGACACAAAAGAAGGAUGUAUCCACGUCAACUACGGAGGAUGAUGAAGCGGGGUCGAUCGGGAAGGAACCCUCAGGGACGAGGGGGUUGUCACUCGCUGCCUUCAACUUCCAAGAUACCAAUUGCAAAUCCGUCUUCCUCAUCGUUCACGGAGGAUGAUACCGGGAACUCGGCCUCAAAGAACGGGGAUAUCCCAAGGCAAGAUUAUAAAAUCUACAAGCGUGCCGAAGGGAAGAGAAAACUCAAGAGGCAGGAUUCCAAAGAGCUCGACGAAGAGUCCCUCUCAAGUCUCGACCUGUCCAAGAUGGAUGAACUUCCGGCCAUCAGCUCGGCUGAGGCUGUGGCAGAGGCCAUGUUGCGCCUGCGCAGCCUCGUACUAAGACUCGAAAGGGAGGAGAUUUCCACAACUGAUCUGAAGAGUAACCUACAGUACGCUGCUGGUGUGCUCGAGAACUUGAAAGAUGACCAGAACAGAACGCCAAGCCAUAAGGCUAAUCAACCAUGUCAGCCAAAGAAGACGUCCCCAGCGUAUGUAUAUAGAUUUAAUUACCAGGGCGAGGAGGAUGACCUGUCUGAGGUGGCGACUGAAGAUGUACCGGAGCAGGUACGGCAUUGGCUGACGUCAACAUUCAGCAGACAGUCCACGAGAUCUCGUCUGGGCGACGAGAAACCAAAGUUCAGGAGCAUUGUGCAGGCCUUGCGGACAGGUCUAUUCAUUGACAGAAUGUUCAGAAGGACGUCUGGAUUAUUAGCAACAACUUUCCCAGCAAAGGUCAUGGAGAUAUUCAAGAAUCUUGAUGAGUGGUCAUUUGACAUUUUCACCCUGAACGAAGUGAGUGAUGGGCAUGCGCUGAAAUGCACAGCUUAUGAAUUAUUCACGAGAUACGACCUCAUUGCAAAGUUUAAAAUUCCUGUUCAGAACCUCAACUGUUUUCUUGAGGCCAUGGAAAAUGGCUACAGUAAGCAUGGCAACCCAUACCACAACCUGCUGCACGCUGCUGACGUCACGCAAACUCUUCACCAUAUGCUGGUCAAGAUGGGGCUAAUGCACUGGUUGACUGAUAUUGAGAUCAUUGCAGCACUUUUGGCGGCAAUAAUUCACGAUUUUGAACACACGGGUACGACCAAUGCUUUCCACGUGAACACAGGGUCUGACAUGGCGUUACUGUACAAUGACAGAGCCGUUCUAGAAAACCAUCACAUCAGCAGUUCCUUUCGACUGAUGAAGGAAGACGAUAAGAACUUCUUGGUGAAUGUCAACAGAGACGACUACACAGAACUUCGUAACCUGGUCAUCGAUAUGGUCCUAGCUACCGACAUGUCCUACCACUUCCAACAACUGAAACAAGUUAAGACCAUGAUUGGUAUGGCAGACAGCAGUGCCCUUGACAAACCCAAAGCAAUGGCUUUAGCCUUACACUGUGCAGAUAUAAGCCAUCCAGCUAAGGAUUGGGCCCUUCAUCAUAAAUGGACCACAUUACUUAUGCACGAAUUCUUCAGACAGGGUGACAGAGAGAAGGAGCUUGGUGUUGCAUUUUCCCCGCUCUGCGAUCGGAAAACAACAAUGGUGGCAGAAUCACAAAUAGGUUUCAUUGACUUCAUCGUUGAACCGAGUCUGAUCGUCUGCUGUGACAUGAUCGACAGAGUGUUACAGGAGCUGCCUCCCAGCGCUCCGGACGAAAGCAGUCUGAGGACUAAGCGCAACUCUAUUCCACUGGCUCGCCCCACCAGCACACCAAGGACUAGUAGUGUCCCAGGUUACCAGGUCAGAAGCAGAACCAUAAGCGUCACCGGGGAGGGGGGGAUGGAGGGUCAGCAGAACCGGCCGCCAUCAAGUCCUGGUAGAAUCAGCUUAAGUAGAAGGUCAUCAAUACCAAUCAAGGCAGUCAGGAGUUGGGCAGAGCCACUUAUGUUUAAUAAGAACAGGUGGAAAGAAUAUGCAGCUACAGAGGUCAAGGGUCAGUCAAGAUUGUCAAGUAUGUCAGAGGAGCACACAAGUGACAUGAGCAUUAACGAUGUCUUCCCAAACGAUGACGACAGGGACACCAAUAUCACCAACAGUCCCACAGCAUCACCUUCAAAGGACAGUUGUGACGCCUCAUCACCGAGGCACAACUCAGGUCAGAGGUCAAUAGAAGGUCAACGGUCAGCAGAUGAUGGUUCACAUCAAUCACGAGCCUCAUCUGCGGGAGUAACAGACACUAACAAUUCUGCCUCUAAAGGUCGCUCUUCAAAAGGUAUACCUAGACGGGUGCCGAGUAAUGAGGGUGUGCGGCGAUUGAGGCAGGGGGACUCCUCUCCCUCCAAACAACCCACAGCGUGACACCUGGGUCUAAGAAACCACCACCUUUGGAAUGGAAUCAAGGAGGACAAGACUAUUGUAUAUAAAUCUUUGUAUGGAGUUAUCCUCAUUAUUAAAUGUCAUCUUUCGACGAUGUUUUACCAUCAAAUCGUAUUGAUGGAGCAGGUGGAUUGAUGGCUGGUGUUUGGUGAUUGGUGUCAACUCCCUUCAAAACUUGUCAUCAAGUACAUUAGUGGUACAUUGGUGUGGAGCUUCACAGCAUUGAAGACAGCUCGAAUGUGAUCGGUACUGCUGAAAUUAUUAAGUUUGACAACAAAAUUAUAAAGUUGGAUGUCAGAUUCUGUGAACAAGAUAUGCAUGAAAGUAGAGUAAUAGAACAUAGGUGCCUCAGUCGGCAACGGUCGCAAAGAUCGAUUGUAAUGAAUAUCAUUCUUAUUAUUAUUUAUUCAGUUAUUUUUACACUUUUUUGUUUGGUUGAAAGUUUUUUUAAAUUCUAGAUUGUUUAACUACAUUCUCAUUUAGCAGAAUAUAUGAAGGGUGUAGAAGUUAUUGAAAACAUCAUUGAAGUCAGUUUAUAUAAUGGUAUGGGGUAUUGUAAAGAAAUGAUCCUAACAAAAAUACUAGCCUCUUUUUCAACCUAUACAGACAGAAAAUGGUAAUCAAAAGUAAAUACAGGACAGUCCAUCCUGGCGACUCAACGAUGCUUGGUAGAAACAGCUGCUACCACCUUGGCCCAACUUCAUAGAUUCUGUUAGAGGUUAGCUUUUUACGUCCGUGAGCUAGAUGGUAAUAAAGACUUUAUAUCUACAUUUAAUAAUAUUGUUUACCUCUCAAUUGAAACUGAUUCUUCAUAAAAGAGGAUAAUUAAGUUAAUAAGUGUGAUUGUUUGGAAAGUUGGAGUGAAAAUAGUGCUGAAAUUAAAUUCAUGUUUGGUGUGAAGUUGUUUCAUGUAAAAAUGUUAAAGCCGUGUAUGUGGAAACCAAUGGUUUUCCAAACUGUUACGGGAUGUUAUGAUGGCGAGCGAGUGUUAAUUAAAAGUUAAAAGUAUAGUUGAGAGGGGGAAAGAGAGAGGGAGUAAGAGUGAGAGGGUUGAGGAAUAGAAAGAGGGAGAUAGAGUAAAGGGUUGAAAGAGUGAGCUUUUAUUUCAAAACUGAAUCGACGGUAUAUCCGUCAGAAUAUUUUAAUGGGUGUUUAAUUCUAGUAUGCAUUUUCAGCAUCAGUUGAUUAAAUUUUGAUUAAAUUUUUGUCAAUUUAUUGAAAAUAGAUAUUGUGAUGAUCGAGCUAUAUUAUAAGAAAUGAGCUGUUAUUCACAAGAAAUAUGCAAUCAUAAAUAGCGUCAUAGAUACCGUCAGGUAUCAUUAUGUACAGAAUAAUAAUAUCAAUAAUAAUGAGAAAGUUAUAAUAUUUCUUUAUGCCCGUAAUAAUGUUUUCUGAAUGAGUGUUUAUCCUGUUGAGGACAUUUUCAUUUAGUCUUAGAUUGUAAGGCAUUGUUCAAAUUAGGAAUAUGCAGAGUUUGGGCGUCAGAGGUGAUGUGUAAAUUGUCUCGACUCUAAAAGAAUAGUGGUCUUGAAAAAAAACAGGUUUUGUAUGAAACGAUGACCAUCUAAAUUGAGGCACAAACGUCACAUUAACCUUUUGUUUUAAAACAGUUUCUGAUGACUUUGAGAGGGUAACAUCGUUUAUCUUA